AUGACUGCUGGCCAUUUGCUGGGGGAGGAGGGACACACCAAGAUUUUGCUUAAAGUUAUUGCCAUUGAUGACCAGCUGAGAGUCAUCUAUGAGGAUAAUAUUCAUUUUGACAAAGACCUUCCAGAAUUUGGGACUCAUUGCGGAGUCCACGUCCACAGUGAUAAGCUGACAGUGACUUCUCCUGUGUUAAUGUGGGUCAAGGCUCUGGAUAUGAUCUUGGAAAAGAUGAAGUCUUCUGGCUUUAACUUCUCUCAUGUGAAGGCUAUUUCUGGGGCUGGGCAGCAACAUGGGAGCGUGUAUUGGAAGCAGGGAGCCAGCCAAAUUUUAAAGAAUUUGUCACCUGAUCUUCCUUUACAUCAGUUACUGAAGGCUUGCUUUUCUGUCAGUGACAGCCCGGUUUGGAUGGAUUCCAGUACUACCACCCAGUGCUUAUCUCUUGAGAAAGCUGCUGGGGGAGCGCAGCAGCUAGCUAAUAUCACUGGUUCGCGAGCCUGUGAGCGUUUUACUGGAAACCAGAUAGCAAAGAUUUACAGCCAGAACCCUGAGGUCUACGCACAAACUGAGAGAAUCUCUGUGGUUAGUAGCUUUGCAGCAUCCCUUUUUCUAAGUGUGUAUGCACCCAUUGAUUAUUGUGAUGGUUCUGGAAUGAAUUUACUGCAGAUUCAUGAUAAAAUGUGGUCCACUACCUGCCUUAGUGCUUGUGCACCAGGAUUAGAAGAAAAGCUGGGACCUGUUGUGCCAUCCAGCUCAGUACUGGGCUCUCUUUCUCCAUAUUAUAUUCAACGCUAUGGGUUUAGUCCAGACUGUAAAGUUGUAGCAUUUACCGGUGACAAUCCAGCAUCGCUUGCAGGAAUGAAACUUAAAGAAGGGGACAUUGCGAUUAGCCUUGGUACAAGUGACACAUUGUUUCUUUGGAUUCAAGAACCAACACCUGCCUUAGAAGGUCAUAUUUUCUGCAAUCCUGUUGAUUCUAAAGCUUAUAUGGCACUUUUAUGUUUUAAGAAUGGCUCUCUAAUGAGAGAAAGGAUCCGAGAUGACUGUGCUUCAGGCUCCUGGGACGAAUUCUCCAGAGCCCUAAAAUGUACGGUUGUGGGAAACAAUGGAAACCUAGGUUUCUAUUUUGAUGUGAUAGAAAUUACUCCUGAAGCUGUUGGAAUUCACAGAUUCAACAGGGACAACAACAAGGUUCCAGACUUUCCAAAGGAGGUGGAGAUACGAGCCUUAAUUGAAGGACAGUUCAUGGCCAAGAGGAUUCAUGCUGAAAAGCUGGGAUAUAAAAUCAUGCCAAGAACAAGGAUUUUGGCCACUGGUGGAGCAUCGUACAAUAAAGAAAUCUUACAAGUCCUGUCUGAUGUGUUUAGUGCACCAGUAUAUACUAUUGACACCGCCAACUCUGCUUGUUUAGGAUGUGCUUACAGAGCAAUUCAUGGGCUUGUGGCACAAACAAGUGUGUCCUGGGUAGAUGUAGUGAAAUUAGCACCAGAACCUAGAUUAGUUGUUACACCAACUGCUGGGACAGAUCAGGUCUACCAGCCCCUUCUGAAAAGAUAUGAAGCGCUUGAACAAAAAGUGCUUUGCAAUCCAAUCCCAUCUCAUCUGGCUAAAUAGCAAGAAAAAGAAAAAUCUUCAAAAACUAACCUAAGGAAUUUACUGCCAGGGUGAAGAUGAGAAGAAAGUUGACAAUGUACUGCAGUUGUUUUAAAGCAUUCUUCUGUAUAUUGUGCUAAAAACAAGGUCUAAUACAUAUUCAAAUGUUUUUUAAAAUAGUAUAAUUGGAAAAGUUUCUGAAAGAUUGAAAUCUUGCUGAAAUCACGCAAGUUGUUCUUUGUGUCCACUUUUUUCUCAGAUCCUUUUCAGCAUUGUAAUUGGUACUUUGAAAUAACUGGAUAAUAAAAGGUUAAUUUGUCUA